AUGCCGUUACUAGAUAUAACUAAUCCGGCCAUUAUAAUAUUUCUCAUUGAAAACUAUGAAAAAGAAAAUCGUUUACGUCUUAACUGGAUACAUAAACAUUGGGAGCAAAUACAGCAAGCGGCUAUGCUUACCCGGGAGCCAACUAAUUACUUCGAAACUGACGUCAUAGCUCACAACAUGGUAGGUGGCUUACCGACUAUUACCAGGGACCACGUAGUAGCGGGGUUCAAUCGAAGAAAAACUCCCCUACGAGAUGGAAAAUUCAUACCUGGCGUCAAACACCUUCGUCACGGACAUUCUGUUGUUGACGUUGGUCUCGGAGACCCGAAAGAAGAUAAAAGACUCCAAAAACCAGAUGACGAUUUGACACCAGAACCUGUUAUGCGCCCAGUUGAUCCAGAACUAGCUAAAGUCAUCUAUAAAUCGAAGCCUGAAUUCGGUAGAGUGCAAUACUUAGCAAAGCGUAGUAAGACAUCACCUGAGCAGAAGUACUAUUUUGCUGAAUGCAGCAAUUAUGAGUACGGUUGGCGGCUCAAGGACAGUGAAUUACAAGAAAAGUCCCGUCAUGGCAGGUGCUGGCAUCUAACAAAAUCCCUGCGAAGUCGAGUCGGCCCACAACCAGAUCCUCCUCAUUAUAAAUCGUCGGAACUGCCAGGACCGUCAAAUUGCGCUGGUAUAUAG